CUUUAGCUUCAAUACAUCUGUCGUUUCCUCAUCAUAUGAACCAUUAUCGUUGAUCACGUAGAGAGAGAGAGAGAGGGGAGCGUGUGGAGACAAAGAAACAUAAAGGGAAAAGCCAAAGAGAGGAUUACUUCCCUUUCUCCACAGAAAGUUAAACAACCUUCCAUGGCUCCUCUGAUUCUAUUAUCUGUAUGAAGAAACCCUUCCUUCUUCACUGAGAUCAUCACUUGCAAGAAGCCAAAAGUACUGAAAGAGAAAUCUCCUUUCUCUUUCUCUCUCCCUCUCUCUCUCUCUUCAAUUUUGUCAUAGAGAAGGACCAACAACUCCCACUUCCAUCGAAACACACCACAAGUUGCCACCAAUGUUGCUUAGAAGCUCCAUUUCCCACACCAAGAAGUUCUUCCAGAAAACCCUUGGGAACUUGAAGAACUUCUUCUCCGCAAGAGACUACGAAAAGCUCCCAAAAUCCCCUACUCACUACAACAACCCUUUUCCCUAUGCUUCUGCUUCUAUUUCUGCGGUUGACAACAUGAAUCAUCUCCACGCCACAACAUACAAAGACUUGGACAAGUUGUAUACCGACUUCACGGACCAAUGGGAUGCGAAAAUCGAAAGCAUCAGGGGAUCAUCGAACAAGAAGAAACUUCUCUCCACACCUACCAAACCACAACAUCUUCAUAAAGAUCAUGUUCAAAACCCUGCAGGCUUGUCUCCACGACCACUCAAUGCACACCCUGCAGCUGCAAGUACUCCUCCUGCAAAGAUUGAAACUUUUGUGAAGGAAUCAAGGGCGGUGGGAACGGGUUGUUUGCUGGAACAUAAGCUGAAGGAGUUGGAGAUGUUGGACAUGAGCAAUGUGGAUCAUGUUUUGGACAUCGAAGAGGUUCUUCAUUAUUAUUCUAAACUCACUUGUCCUGCCUAUUUAGAAAUUGUGGACAAGUUUUUCAUGGACAUGUAUUCGGAGUUUUUUGCUCCGACAGCAGCAACUCCGGCACGCAGCAUCAAUUCAAGCCUGCGGCCGAGGUCCGUGUGGUCCUAAACAAACUUUUGGAAAUUUUAGAGAUGGAAAACAAAGUUCUAGAAAUUAAAUCAUUCCACUUGUGUUUGAACCUCUGAUCAGUUCUUGCACUUUACAUUGUAUUCUUCUUAUGUUAGCUUAUGGUUGACAUUUGUUUGUGUGUGUGACACCCUCUCUCUGAAAUUCUGAAUAAUCUGAUUUCUUGAUUCAUUCUUCUUUGAUUCAUACUAAUGAAUUUGACUUGCAAUUCUGAUUGUAUA